GUAGGGGCUCUUAGGCAGUCAUAAAAAGAAGUCAAGUCAUGUGACGCCCUUAAAGCUUGCUGUAAUCUGCUGCGGAGAGUAUGGCUCUGACUGUUGUGUGGUUUAUUACGGCCAUUUUUAGCUUAGUCCAUUCAUCACCUUUAAUUUCAGUCAAAGAUGAAUAUGCUUUCAAGCAGUGGAUUUCAGAGCAUAACAAAGUUUAUGGCACUGAGGAAUAUCACCACAGACUCCAUGUAUUCAAGCAAAAUAAGAGGACAGUUGAGCAGCAUAAUGCUGGGAAUCACUCCUUCACAAUGGGCCUGAACCAAUUCUCAGACAUGACAUUUGAGGAAUUCAAGAAAUUCUACCUUUUCACGCAACCUUCGACCUGCUCAGUCAUUAAAGGCAGUCAUGUCAAAAGGACAGGUCCUUAUCCUGAGUUUGUAGACUGGAGGAUGAAGGGCGACUUUGUGACUCCUGUGAAGGACCAGGGUUUUUGUGGCAGCUGUUGGACCUUCUCCACCACUGGCUGUCUGGAGUCAGUGAAUGCUAUUGCUACUGGGAAACUAAUACAAUUGUCUGAGCAGCAGCUGCUGGACUGUUCCAGAAAUUUUAGCAACUAUGGAUGCUUUGGUGGGUUCCCCAGUCAGGCAUUCGAGUACAUCAAAUACAGCAAGGGUCUCAUGAGAGAGGAGGAUUAUCCCUACAAAGCCUUUGAGGAAAAAUGCCAUUUUGAGCCUUCACUUGCAGCUGCAUUUGUCCAAGAUGUUGUCAAUAUAACAAGUUAUGAUGAAAAGGCCAUGGUUGAUGCAGUGGCCCGGCUCAAUCCUAUCACCUCCUGCUUUGACGUCACAGCUGAAUUUAAGCACUACAAAGAAGGUGUUUACUCCAGCACCCAGUGUAAGAACACAACAGACAAAGUGAAUCAUGCAGUCCUGGCGGUGGGGUAUGGCACCGAGAAGAACGGCGUGCCGUAUUGGAUUGUGAAGAACUCUUGGGGCACAGCCUGGGGAAAGGAUGGAUAUUUUUUGAUCGAGCGUGGAAAAAACAUGUGUGGACUGGCUGCCUGCUCUUCUUACCCUCUACCUUAAGCAUCUAAAUAAAAGGGCAACAAAGUGGAAACUCUUGAGCAUGUGUGUAUCGAAAUGUAUUUUAUUCAGCCUAAAGGCCUGAUCUCAACUUACGGUUUCUAACAUGUUUUCUGGAAGUUUAAUUUCUAAACACCUUAUUAUGUUUUUCUUAAAACUGAGACAUGAAAAUUUUGAGUCAAAUGCAAGAAAAGAAAAAUUCAAUCAUUACUUUAAGACACAAACUCAUUUUAAUAAUUACAUUUUGGGGAAAGGAAGCAUAUGCUUUACAUUAAUACAGAUGUACAGUACUUCUUUCUAACUAUUCUUGUGCACUUAGCUAUACUGCAUCUCGACUAGUAUGUAUCAUCAUGUUUGCACAGGUUUAUUACAUUAAAACACCUUUUCCCCAUUCAGUCUGUCUCACAAUAAUAGAUGAAGACGUUUCAGUGUAGCUAUGUGCAUGUGUAUUAUAAAAUGCAUAGGUAAGUGUAGCACAGAACUAUUUUUCUGUUUUUCCACAAGCCUAAAAAAAUGUGAUAAAAAACAUAAUUGUGUGGAUGUGUAUGUUUUUCCAAGUGAUCUUGCGAUGUUUACAAAAUUCAUUUUAAAUAGUGUGUUUCAACAUGGUCUAAGCAGUGCUUGUGCGUAAAACCUCAUCACUAAUGUCUAUCAAGAGGCUACAGUGGGUGCAUACAUAGAUUAAUUACUGACUAAUAAUCAUAGUAUGGUAUAUCAUACUUUAAUAACUGCUUUAGUGAAAAACAGAUUUUUCUAACAUGACCUAUAGUGCUCCAUGGAAACAAUAUAGGCCACAUAUUUCAACUCAAGACCCUGGGGCCAAAGGCAGGCCUUUGCAAAUUACAUGCCAAACUAAACAAAUAAAGAUUACAUGUUGAUUUUACAGCA